AUGGAGCAUCAAAACGCGGUCAAAGAAGCCCUAAACGCACUGUAUCAUCACCCGGAUGAUACAGUGCGUGCGCAAGCUGAUCAGUGGCUCCAGAACUUCCAGGGAACUCUCGAUGCUUGGCAGGUUGCGGAUAAUUUACUUCAUGAUUCUUCCAGCAAUAUGGAAACUUUGAUAUUUUGUUCUCAGACACUUAGAAGCAAGGUUCAACGAGAUUUUGAAGAACUACCACCUGGUGCUUUUCAGAAGCUACGGGAAUCAUUAACGACAUUGUUAAAAAAGUUUCACAAAGGCCCCCCGAAAGUUAGGACCCAGAUUAGUAUUGCUGUUGCUGCCUUGGCGGUGCACGUUCCUGCGGCAGAUUGGGGAGAUGGUGGUAUAGUUAGUUGGCUUAGGGAUGAAAUGAAUCUGCAUCCUGAAUAUGUGCCUGGUUUCUUGGAACUCUUGGCCGUUUUACCCGAGGAAACAUUUAACUACAAAAUAGCUGCCCGUCCGGAUAGACGACGUCAAUUUGAGAAAGAGCUUACUUCUCAAAUGGAAGCUGCACUUAGUAUAUUAACAGCAUGUUUGAAUAUAAUCGAGCUUAAGGAACAGGUUCUUCAAGCAUUUGCGUCUUGGCUCCAUCUUAGGCAUGGGAUUCCUGGAGCAGUGCUUGCUUGUCAUCCAUUGGUGCAUGCAGCUCUCUCAAGUUUGAACUGCGAUCCACUCUCAGACGCAUCUGUGAAUGUUAUCUCUGAAUUGAUACAUCACACGGCAUCGCCAAGCUCUGGUGGUAUUUCUGCUCAAACACCCUUAAUUCAAGUUAUUGUGCCUCAGAUUCUAAGUCUUAAGGCCCAUCUAAGAGAUUCUUCAAAGGAUGAAGAAGAUGUCAAAUCUAUUGGUCGAUUAUUCGCUGACGUAGGCGAUUCAUAUGUUGAACUGAUUGCUACUGGUUCAGAUGAGUCAAUGGUUAUUGUGCAUGCCCUGCUGGAAGUUACUUCACACCCAGAAUUUGAUAUAGCCUCGAUGACCUUCAACUUUUGGCACAGUCUUCAACUUACGUUGACAAAGAGGGAUUCUUAUGUUUCCUUGGGUAGCGAAGCAUCCAUUGAAGCUGAGAGAAACCGAAGACAGCAUAUCUUCCGAUCAGCCUAUGAGAGCCUUGUAUCUUUGGUUGGCUUCCGAGUUCAGUAUCCUGAAGAUUAUCAAGGCCUCUCGUAUGAGGACCUUAAGGAAUUCAAGCAGACUAGAUAUGCUGUUGCAGAUGUAUUAAUUGACGCUGCAUUAAUCCUGGGAGGUGAUACGACUCUUAAGAUUCUCUAUAUGAAGCUUCUUGAGGCCAAUGCUCAGACAGGAAAUGAUUUUCAAGACUGGCGUCCAGCAGAAGCUAUUUUGUUCUGUAUUUGGGCAAUAUCAAAUUAUGUUUCAGUUGUUGAAGCUGAAGUGAUGCCCCAGGUGAUGGCAUUGCUUCAAAAUCUUCCCCAGCAAGCACAACUGCUUCAGACAGCAUGCUUACUUGUUGGGGCAUAUUCAAAAUGGCUUAAUGCUGCGCCAGCUAGUGUUUCGAUAUUGCCAUCGAUUAUUAGAAUUCUUAUGAGUGGGAUGGGCACAUCUGAAGAUUGUGCAGCAGCUGCAGCUUUGGCUUUUCGGCAUAUUUGUGACGAUUGCCGGAAAAAUCUUUGCGGGUAUUUUGAAGAUUUGUUUACAAUCUAUUGCAUGGCAAUAAAUGGUGGCGGUGGUUAUAAAGUAUCUGCUGAAGAUUCACUAAACCUCGUUGAAGCUUUAGGGAUGGUUGUUACAGAGCUUCCUUUGGAUCAGGCCAAGAGCGCUCUUGAAAAGUUGUGCUUUUCAGCCGCCUCUCCUCUAGAGGAAGCGGCAAAAGAAGAUUUGGACAAAAAGCAUGCCCGUGAAUUAACUAUUCAUAUUGACCGAUUUGCCUUCCUCUUCAGGUAUGUAAACCACCCUGAAGCUGUAGCUGCUCAGAUUGAUAAGCAUUGGGCUAUAUUCAGAGUUAUUUUUGAUGCGCGUCCUUGGGACAUGAGGACAAUGGAAUCUCUAUGCAGAGCAUGCAAAUAUGCUGUACGUACUUCUGGAAGAUACAUAAUCAAUACAAUUGGAGAAAUGCUGGCAAAAAUUCAAUUCCAUUACCAGCAGCAUCAUCAGCCAUGCUUUCUUUACCUCUCCAGUGAAGUUAUAAAGAUUUUUGGUUCGGACCCAUCUUGUGCUGACUACUUGAAGAAUCUGAUUGAAACACUCUUUGCACAUACAACAUGUCUUAUGACAAGUAUCAAGGAAGUCACUGCUAGACCAGACAUAGCUGAUGAUUGCUUUUUGUUGGCGUCAAGAUGUCUUCGUUACUGUCCACAUAUAUUCAUCCCUUCUCCUAUAUUCUCACCUCUUGUAGAUUGCGCAAUGAUUGGGAUCACAGUGCAGCACAGAGAGGCCUGCCACUCAAUAUUGACAUUUUUAUCCGACAUUUUUGACCUCGAGAAAUCUGUAAACGAAGAACAGUUUGUAAGAAUCAGGGACAGUGUCAUUAUUCCCCGGGGAGCUACAAUCACCAGAAUCUUGAUUGCAUCAUUGGCAGGAGCACUUCCCAGUUCUCGGCUAGAUACGGUAACAUAUGCGCUUCUAGCUCUGACCAGAACAUACGGGUUACAAGCAGUGGGUUGGGCUAAGGAAAGUGUUAGCCUGAUUCCUCGAACAGCUGUGACAGAGACAGAGUCUACCAAGUUCUUACAAGCAUUAUCCGAUGUUGCUUAUGGAGCUGAUGUGAAUUCUCUGAUAGGACACGUUGAGGAACUCUCAGAUGUUUGCCGCCGUAACCGUACUGUUCAAGAACUUGUUCAGGCAGCUUUGAAGCCUCUUGAGUUGAAUCUGGUUGCUCCUGUAUCAUAG